AGGUCGUCGAAGCUUUCAUUUACAUGAUACAUGAUAUAAAUAAAUAUACCAGAAAAAAAAAAACCAAAACCCAAUUUAAUAAUAGUAGAAAUUUUGGACCCCUUUAAAAAUGACUUUGGGAAACCAUUCAAAAGCAUAUUUUGGUCAAAAAAAAACCCCAACGUAUCCACCUCAAGGAGUUCGUUGUCAGAAGUGCUUGGAAUAUGGUCACUGGAGCUAUGAAUGCAAAGGAAAAAGAAAAUAUCUACACAGAUCUUCAAGAACACAAGUAUUGAAAAAGAAACUAAAAACUAAGGAAGAAACGACCGUCACUAGUAACGAAACUAAUAUUAAUAGAGAACAAUCCUCAAAAGAAAACAAAUCAAAUAGAAAUAAUAGUAGUUCUGAAGAUAGCAGCUCUGAUUCAGACAGUUCAGAUUCUAGCAGCAGUGACAGUAAUUCUAGCAGUAGCAGCUCAUCUGGAAGUAGUUCGGGCUCAGAAAGUGAUACUGAUUAAUCAGAAUGUUGUAAUUUUAAUAUGAUCUUAUUAUGUGUACCUUAAUGUGAUUUAAAUAUAAUUUAAUAAUAUGUG